CUCUCCCUCCCUGCGGAUCCCCCAAGCAGCUCUAGGCUGCUUUGCCCGGCUUCCGCGUCACUGUCCUUAACCCCACCUGCCCGCCCACCGUCCCGUAUAAAGGCGCCGCCGGCCUCGCCCCCGGGACUCGGCCCCAUGGAGACGCCGCCGGCCGCAGCUGGCGCACGGCUGGGAGCUGUGACAGGUCCCUGCCAGGAGUCUCAACUAUGAGCACCCCCUGCGGAGAGAGGCCUGUCAAGGCAAGGAGCCCGGCCAUGAGUCUGUGGGAGCCUGGGGACAGCCACAGCUGGCAGGGCACCCCCGGGCUGGCCCAGGAGCCAGCCACUGAGGAAGCAUCGGCUGCGGAGCUACAGAUGAAGGUGGACUUCUUCCGGAAACUGGGCUACUCAUCCACUGAGAUCCACAGUGUCCUGCAGAAGCUGGGAGUCCAGGCGGACACCAACACAGUGCUGGGCGAGUUGGUGAAACAUGGUUCAGCCACUGAGCGGGAGCACCAGGCCUCGCCAGACCCCUGCCCUCAGCUGCCCCUGGUGCCCCGGGGUGGUGGUACCCACAAAACUCCCACCCUGGAGUCUUCACCCACCGAAGAGGACAAGGAGAGCAGUGACCUAAGACCUGUGGUCAUCGACGGGAGCAAUGUGGCCAUGAGCCACGGGAACAAGGAGGUCUUCUCCUGCCGGGGCAUCCUGCUGGCUGUGAACUGGUUUCUGGAGCGAGGCCACACAGACAUCACGGUAUUUGUGCCGUCCUGGAGGAAGGAGCAGCCCCGGCCUGAUGUGCCCAUCACAGACCAGUACAUCCUGUGGGAACUGGAGAAGAAGAAGAUCCUGGUGUUCACACCGUCGCGGCGUGUGGGUGGCAAGCGGGUGGUGUGCUACGACGACCGUUUCAUUGUGAAGCUGGCCUAUGAGUCCGAUGGGGUCGUGGUCUCCAACGACACCUACCGGGACCUCCAGGGGGAGCGGCAGGAGUGGAGGCGAUUCAUUGAGGAACGGCUGCUCAUGUACUCCUUCGUCAAUGACAAGUUUAUGCCCCCUGAUGAUCCCCUGGGCCGGCAUGGGCCCAGCCUGGAAAAUUUCUUGCGUAAGAAGCCCCUCUCCACCGAGCAGAGGAAGCAACCAUGCCCCUAUGGGAGGAAAUGCACCUAUGGGAUCAAGUGCCGAUUCUUCCAUCCAGAACGGCCGAGCUGCCCCCAGCGCUCUGUGGCUGACGAGCUCCGUGCCAAUGCCCGCCUCUCACCUCCCAGGGCCCCAGGCAAGGACAAGAGUGGCCGGCGGCCCUCACCUUCGCCUCAGCCCAACUCACUGCCUGCAGAGGGUGAGCAGUGCAGCCCCGACGGAAAGAAGCUGGGGGCCCGGGCAUCCCCAGGGCCCCGCCGGGAGGGUCUGACGCAGACCUUUGCACCAGCGGGCAGGAGCCUCCCACCUAGCGGGGGCAGUGGUGGAAGCUUCGGGCUCACAGAAUGGUUCCCCCAGACCCUGGACUCCCUGCCGUACACCUCCCAGGAUUGCCUGGACUCGGGCAUCGGCUCCCUGGAAAGCCAGAUGUCAGAACUGUGGGGCAUUCGUGGAGGAGGUCCUGGGGAGCCAGGUGCCCCUCGGGGCCCAUACACUGGCUGUGGCCUCUAUGGAUCUGAGCUUCCAGCCACUCCGGCCUUCUCUACCUUUGGACAGGCCGUGGGUGCUGGCCACUUCAGUGUGCCUGCUGACUUUGCAGCCCCGCCACCCGCCUACCCACCUCGAGAGUACUGGUCUGAGCCAUACCAGCUGCCCCAAUCCACCCCGGUCCUACAGGAGUCCCGGGUGCAGGGGGCUGAUGGGUGCCCAUGGGGUGGGGCAGGCAGCCUCAAUAAGGAGCGGGCCAAUGUGUACACCAAGCUGUGUGGCGUCUUCCCCCCCCAUCUGGUGGAUGCAGUAAUGGGGCGCUUCCCACAGCUCCUGGACCCCCAGCAGCUGGCGGCCAAGAUUCUGUCCUACAAAUCCCAGCACCUCAAUGAGUAAGCCGGCCCUGGCAGCAGGCAGGGCAGCAUCUCCAGCCUCCAGGGGUACUCGGCUGGGCUUGGGCAGCGCCGAGGCCCACACUCGUGGCCGGACAGGGGGAGGACUAAAGUAGGGAAGGGAACCCACAAACCAAAGAUACUGUAGAAUUGAUUCUGGCCCACACGGCACCUCUGGCUGUCUGCUUAGUGGGUCAGAAGCGAUCACCCUGUUGAUACACAUUGUAUCUCUGUAGUUUAAGGAGACGCUGCCGGUAAUGGCCGUCGGUCCGUGGCUGACGCCCAAACCCUCUUCUCUCAGAGGGCGGGGAGGGAGGUAGGGGAGCAGAGGCCUGGGCUGGGGACCCUGUGCACGGCCCCCCACCUCCGCCCCGUCCCUGGGACGCCGGCCUUGUCUGGCUAGUUGGGCACCAUGUGCCUGCCCUCCGAGGGCCCCUCCUCUAAGCCAAUGAGGCCUCGUCCUUGCUCUCACUGGGCACAAGGCUUCAUGUUAGUAAGCAAAAUGCUUCUUAAUAACCCACCUCCUGCCCCGCCCUGUUCGCUUCCACUGCCCCUGUUGGGGGCGAAGGGCCUGUGUCCUCCCCCUCUCUUCCUACCCUUCCUCUGUACUCAAUCACCUCGCCCUUGCUCUGGGGUUGGGGGAUGUAUGCAUGUGUGUACGGGUAUAGAUGUUAAAUAUCUUAAGUGGAAAGUCCUCACCUCCCAUAGCACAUCAAUAAAGUAAAACGUGAGCCCUUUUGAGAGGAGAUCUGUCUUUGUCGUGCUUGGGGGAUCGAGCUGGGUGGGUGGGUGGUGGAAGCUCAGCAGGUGUGCACCCCUGACCUGCCCUCAGCCCGCAAUGGCUCUCAGAGCCCUCCUCUGGAAGGUUUCCGGGGUCUACCGAGAGUGCUGUCCCUAUGGGGCACAGGCAUCUUUGCUGAGGCCUUGGGCUGGGCCUUGAUAGUCGAGGAGAAGGAUGUGGCCAUUGAAGAGAGAGGACACAUGGGUGGGGGUGGAGGAGCAAAAGUUAGGAAGCAGAAGUGUAAGUGUGCUAGAGUCCUGUGGCGGGAGCCCAGGAAGGAGUCUGUUUCCCUUUUCUGUGCUGCUGUGACAAGCGCCGAGGACAGGAAACCUUCCUGCAGGGAGAAAGGAGAGAAGAUGGUUUCUGGAGCAAUGGAUCAGCUGGAACAUGUGUGGAGGCCUUGGGCAGUCAACUCCUGGCCCGUCCUCCCUGAUGUCACUGCAUUCUAGACCCAGGCCCGCAGACCAGGGGAGGGAGUGCUG